AUGGCCGACCGUGACCGCUCUCGUUCUCGCUCCCGUUCCCCUGAUCGCUCCGGUGCCAAUGAUGGAGGAGGCGACCAGUACCAGCAGAACCCUCCUGCCGAUGACGGCGGCAACCAAGCUCCUCCUACUAAUGGCGACCAGAGUGGAGGCGGUGGCAAUGCUGGCGACGCUGCGGCUGAUGGAGAGGGUGUGAAGCUUUACGUUGGGAAUCUCGACUAUGCUACCAACGAGGAUCGUCUUCGCGAAGAGUUUGCUCAGUUUGGAACAGUCACAGAGGUCUUCUUGCCCACGGAGCGUGGUACUCAGCGUCCUCGCGGAUUUGGAUUUGUGACACUCUCGACGCGCGAAGCCGCUGAAAAUGCCAUUUCCAGGAUGGACCAAGCUCAGCUCGAUGGACGUACCAUCAGAGUUAACGAGUCUCGCCCCAAGGGAGAGCGUCGUGCUGCAGGACCUGCUGGUGCUGGAGGGUUCAACGUGUCUGGAAAGGAUGAAGUGAAGCUCUAUGUUGGAAAUUUGUCAUUUGAUACUGUGGAAGAAUCAGUUCGCAAGCUUUUUGAGGCAUACGGAAAUGUCACUGAUUGUUUCAUGCCAAAGGAUCGUGAUUCUGGACGAGUCCGUGGGUUCUGUUUUGUGACCAUGCCGGCCAGUGAAGCCGAGCAAGCUUGCUCAAAGCUCAAUGGACACGAGUUGGAUGGACGUGCUCUUCGUGUGAAUGAGGCCCAGCCCAGAGGAGGUGGUGGUGGAGGCGGCGGCGGCGGCGGUGGAGGCCGUGGCGGCGGCGGCUUUGGCGGUGGAGGCUAUGGUGGCAGCGGCGGCGGCGGCGGCUACGACGGCGGCUAUGGUGGUGGCGGCGGGUAUGGUGGCGGCGGCGGCUACGGAGGCGGAGGAGGUUAUAGUGGCGGCGGCUACGGUGGUACGUCGAGUGGAGGCGGCUAUGAUCGAAGCAGUGGCGGCGGUGGUGGUUACGGAGAUCGCGGCGGAGGAGGAUAUGGCGACCGCGGAGGUUAUGGAGGAGAUCGAGGAAGCUCAUAUGGUGGAGGUUACGGAGGUGGUGGUGGUGGCGGCUACGAUGAUCGUAGUGGUGGCUAUUCAGGCGGACGCGGCGGUGGAGGAGGUUACUACGACGACCGAGGAGGACGCAGUGGAUAUUAA